GCGUGGCUUAGCAUCAAUGUUUAUGUAGCCCGCUGUCCGCGUCUCACCGCACCAAGGACCUUCGCAAUGUGAUUUGAUUGACCAUUGAUUAGUUUCCGUCCCAUUUCACGCGCGGCCGUCAGCCCGUUAUGCACCAGCCGUCGACAUGGGGGGCCACUAGCAGGUGAAACACGGAGGAGACCGAGCAAAAAGCCGGAAUGGCAGGCGCCUUUGGGUUCAAAGGCUGCCAGAAAAUUCGAGGUCCGCAGAUAAGAAAUCUGCUCGAGGCGAAGGACUUCAUUCUCUUCGACUGCGACGGGGUCAUAUGGCACGGCGAGACGGCGAUAACGGGCGCGGCGAAGGUGGUGAGUUCGCUCAUACGGCACGGCAAAAACGUCGUGUUCGUCACCAACAACUGUACCAGGCCCCGCGAGAAUUACGUGCACAAGUUCUACCGGCUGGGCUUCACCGACGUGAUGCUGGAGCAGAUCUUCAGCUCGUCGUACUGCUCGGCUCUCUACCUGCGGGACGUGGUCAAAAUCCGCGGCCAGGUGUUCGUCAUGGGCUGCGACGGACUGCGCAGGGAGCUGCAGGGGGCGGGCGUCCCCUGCGUGGAGGAGGCGGACGAGCCGGACGCCACCAUCUACGACUGCGCCCUGGCGGAGGACGUCAAGGCGGUGCUGGUGGGACACGAUGACAAACUGACUUUUCUCAAACUGGCCAAAGCCUCGUGCUACCUGCGGGACCCGGACUGUCUGUUCCUGGCCACCGACAACGACCCCUGGCACCCUCUGUCGGGUGGAAGGAUACUGCCAGGUUCUGGGUCCCUCACUGCAGCCCUGGAGGUGUCCUCAGGCCGCAAGGCCACCGUGAUUGGCAAGCCCAGCCGCUUCAUGUUUGAGUGCAUCUCCAGCCAGUUCAGUGGGGUGGAACCCGCCCAGUGCCUGAUGAUCGGGGACCGCCUGGAGACGGACAUGCUGUUCGGCUCCAACUGCGGCUUCGACACCAUGCUCACCCUCACCGGCGUGUCUCAGCUCGAGGAGGCCCAGGAGUACCGGGACAGCGAGCUGGCCGCCAACCACAGCUUGGUGCCAGACUACGUGGUGGACUCCAUCGCCGACUUCCUGCCGGCUUUUGAGGAGCUGGACGACGAACAGAGCAAUUGACGGGAGUCCCUUUCGCCCGCCAUCGAUCGCUUCUCCUGCAUUUCCAAGUGCGAUGUUUAGUUUGGCGUUUGCAAACAAACCACAUACCUAUCCACAAUGAUCAAAACCAAGAAAUGUUCCUCAGCAACAAGGGUGCCGUUUGACACAGGACAGAAUAUUCUCCCCCCCAAAGUAAUCCAAUGCAUACCUCAGUGUUUCUUCUCGUGUUGUGACUUUGCAGUUGCUGUCGGUGUUAAUAUUAAUCUCUGAAUAUACUGCACUUUCCUCUCCAUAGAGUUCACAAAGUUGUGUGUGAUGAUGGGGUUUGAGCAUCCAGAGGUAUUUUUGUAAAGCCAUGAAUUGUUCUAUAACGGCAUUCAUGCGUUUAAAUUAUUAUUUAUUCAUUUAGCCAAAAGGGCAGGCAGAAUAGUUUUCUCAUGUGUUUGAUUCAUGGCAAGAGGGGACCAUCAAUAAAACAGCUCUACUCGGCCGCGGUGGAGACGACAACCUGCCGGUCGGGCAGCUGCAGCGUCCGUCCACCUGUCACGCCUGUGCUGAACAGCUUCCCGGAUCUCAGUCAUACUGCACUGUUGUGAAAUGUCGAUGUUGUUAAUGUUUUGCCAUAUAGCGCAUGCCAGCGACGACAAUAAACAAAAAAUGAACCCUAAA